AGUUGGAUUAGACGUAAAUACAGGUAUAAUAUGAUAGUUCAGGUGUCGUUCAAUUUAAUUCUGGGCAAAAUCAAUGAGAAGAACGACUACUUCUGUAACUCAACCGCACAUAAAGAGGAUUACAUCAAGAAUAUGAAGAAAGUGAAGGAGAAUUCGGCAAAACUGGCGCCACUUAAAGAGAAACUUCUGGACACAACUGUCUUCAUACAGAACUCGACCUAUCAAUUGCCUAAAAUUGGAAGACUUUGUUGUUCGUUUUGGGAGUUCUAUAGAGGUCUGAAGAAUGAGGUGAAGAGCGGUCAAGGGGUAGACUUUGUAGUGGACAUAACGUUUGACUACUUCGCGGGCGCAUCCAAAUACAUCUGUUUCCUCUAUCCGUACGGUUCAGAGCUCUGUAAGGACGAGGAAAAGGCACCGAAAAUGGUUCACAAACACCAAUCCAUUGUAUUGGAGACCUUAUUAACGUUGGGAGAGAUCGCCACUCCAUAGGCCAUUAGAACAAACUAUUGUCAAUAAUACUAUUUGUUAAACUAUUUAUUUCAUUUAUUAAGUUAAGCG